AUGCAUUUGAGUGUGAGAAAUAUUCAUAAUGGGCCAACAAAACGUAUUACCAAAUUAUUGAUAGCUAAUCGUGGAGAAAUAGCUUGUCGUAUCAUCAAAACAGCACGUCGUUUGCAAAUUGAAACUGUUGCUGUUUACAGUGAUGUUGACAAAGAUUCUAUGCAUGUGGCUAUGGCUGAUCAAGCAGUACGUGUUGGUCCGGCUCAAAGCGCCCACAGCUACUUGCUCAAAGACCGUAUUGUCAAUGCUGCAAUCAAAACCAAUAGCCAAGCCAUACACCCUGGAUAUGGUUUUCUAUCAGAGAAUGCAUCAUUUGCUCAAUAUUGCCAGAGUAAUAACUUGAUAUUCAUUGGCCCACCGCCCAAUGCUAUUGAAAGUAUGGGAAUCAAAAGUAAGUCAAAAGAAAUAAUGUCUGAAGCUGGUGUGCCAGUAAUUGAAGGAUACCAUGGCAAAGAUCAAAAUUCAGAUUUCCUUCAACAUGAAGCUAAUAAAAUUGGUUACCCUGUUAUGAUCAAAGCCAUUAAAGGUGGAGGUGGUAAAGGUAUGAAAAUUGUUACCAAAGAAUCUGAAUUUUUUGAAAAUCUUAUGUCAGCCAAAAGAGAAUCAUUAAGUUCAUUUGGUGAUGAUUCGGUCUUAAUUGAAAAGUACAUACAACAACCUCGACACGUCGAAGUACAGGUGUUUGCUGAUCAGCACAAAAAUUGUGUCUAUUUGUUUGAACGCGACUGUAGUGUACAGAGACGUCACCAAAAAGUCAUGGAAGAAGCGCCUGCUCCCAGAUUAAGUGAGAGUCUACGACAACAUCUUGGAGAGACUGCAGUCCGUGCGGCAAAAGCUGUUGGAUAUGAAGGUGCUGGGACUGUGGAAUUCAUAUUUGAUAAUGCAACCAAUAUGUUUUAUUUUAUGGAAAUGAACACUAGAUUACAAGUAGAACAUCCUGUUACUGAGAUGAUCACCGGGGUAGAUUUAGUAGAAUGGCAAAUAAAAGUAGCGGAAGGUGAACAACUGCCUUUAAAACAGAAUGAAAUCAAACUCCAAGGACAUUCUGUUCAAGCACGUAUUUAUGCUGAAGAUCCUUAUAAUAAUUUUUUACCUGCUGCUGGAAAUUUACAAUACUUGGACUAUCCUAAUGUGUCUGAUGAUGUACGUGUAGAAACAGGAGUAAGGCAAGGAGAUGAUGUUUCUGUACAUUAUGAUCCUAUGAUUGCAAAAUUGGUAGUAUGGAGUGAAACUCGAUCAGAUGCAUUUGCUAAGCUGAAAAAUAACUUGGCAGCGUUCAAUAUUGCAGGUUUGUCAACAAAUGUUCAAUUUCUAAUGUCGCUGUGUGCACAUCCUGAACUUUUAAAAGGUAAUGUUCAUACAGGAUUUAUAGAACAACAUAAAAAUGUUCUUCUAUCAAAAAAUCUACCUAAUACUGAAUUGAUAUCUCAGGCAGUUAUUGCUUUAAUAUUGUAUGAAGAAAAUAACACUAUUAGUACAAAUAUUAAUACCAAUGAUCCAUAUUCACCUUUUGCCACUCAAACUGGUUUUCGGGUAAAUCACAAUUAUGUACAAAAAAUUAAACUGAAACACAACCUUUGUGGAGAAAUGUACGAUGUCAGAAUUGAGUAUUGUGGAGUAGGAUCCAGUAACAGUAGAUUUAAUGUUUCUUUUAAAAAUAAAGAUACUGAAAUCGAAUCAAAUGUUAUUGGUAGUUUAGAUACAUCAUCGCCCAAUAGAUUCCAUCUAACAUGUGUAGUAGAUGGCACAUUGUAUAAAUCCAAUAUUGCAUUUAUAGAAAACUCGGUACAUUUAUUUAAUAAGGAUGGAAAAAAUGAAUUUACUGUUAUUUUGCCUUUUGAUGAAAAAUCAAUUGAUAGUAAUGAACAAGACACAGGAAGCAAUUCAACUAUUUUAGCUCCCACCCAAUCAACAGUGGAAAGAGUAAAUGUGAGUCUUGGUGAUGAUAUUUGUAUUGGUGAUCCUAUAGUGGUUUUAACAGCCAUGAAAAUGGAAUAUGUAGUUAAAGCACAAAUUGAAGGAAAAAUAGAAAAAAUCCUAUGUAAAGAAGGUGACAGUGUCAGAAAAGGAGAACUGUUGGUAAAAAUUGUACCUAUAAAUUGA